UGUAAAGAAUGGCAUGCGUGGCGAAUGACAAGCCGAUCAGCUGUUUGGGUUCAGAUUUAUCUCGAGCAUUUUUAAUUGCCGGUGCGGUUUUAAUUGAACCGCGGCAUGUACAACUCGGCCAAGCAGCUGCAGCGCGUGCUGACAGCACGCGAGAUUCGGAAGACCUUUCUGGAUCACUUCACCGUCAACCAUGGCCACAAGUUCGUUCGCUCCAGCCCAGUGGUGCCCUUUUGCGAUCCCACCGUCGCCUUCGUUAACGCGGGCAUGAAUCAGUUCAAGUCGGUGUUCCUGGGCACAGCAGCAGCGCCCCACCAGCGGGUUGCCAACAGCCAGAAGUGCGUCCGUGUGGGGGGAAAACACAACGAUCUCUCCGUGGUGGGCACGGAUGGCUAUCAUCACACCUUCUUCGAGAUGCUCGGCAACUGGUCCUUUGGGGACUACUUCAAGCGGGAGGCAUGUGCCAUGGCCCUGGAGCUGCUCCGUGGUCCCUACAACAUUGAUCCAGGUCGUCUGUACGUCACCUACUUUGCCGGCGACAAGGUGCUGGGCAUUCCUGCCGAUCUGGAGUGCUUUGAGAUCUGGAGGAGCUUGGGUUUUCCCGCCUCGCGAAUACUGCCCUUUGGCUGCGCAGACAACUUCUGGGAAAUGGGCGCUACGGGGCCAUGUGGUCCCUGCACCGAAAUCCACAUAGAUCAUCGCCCGGAUCUGGGCAGCGUGGAGCAGCGAGCCAAGUUGGUGAAUGCAGGUCGCUCCGAUCUCACAGAGCUGUGGAAUCUUGUCUUUAUCCAGUACAAUCGGCAUGCCGAUGGCACCAUCUCUCAGUUGCCCGCUCAUCAUGUGGACACGGGCAUGGGAUUUGAGCGUUUAACCGCCGUGCUUCAGAAUAAGUCUUCCAACUACGAUACGGACUUGUUUACCCCCAUAUUUGAUGGCAUCCAGCAGGCGGCCAAGACGCCGGUUUACAGUGGCAGCUUUCCGGAUGCUGCAUCACCAGCACUACUUGACACCAGCUACAGGAUACUAGCCGAUCAUGCUCGCAUGGUGACCGCCUGUUUGGCCGACGGAAUGCUUCCAGAUCAAAAUCAGAAACUGCGUCGUGUGCUGCGCAAAGCUCUUAACAUUUCGGAGCAUGUGUUUGCCCAUGACAAAUUGCUAACCCAGCUAGUUCCUAUUGUGGUGGAGACACUUGGAGAAGCCUAUCCAGAGAUGGCUGCCAAACAGCAGGCUGUCAUCGACUUGAUCAGCCACGAGCAGGAGGUUUACAAGAAUCUUAGAGAGAGUUCUUCCAAAGCUUUUGCUGAGGUGCUUAUGGAGUUUCCCAAUCUGGAUGAUAUCGAUCUGAUGGAGUGCCCGGGAUUCGUGCCCGCCUAUAGAGAGUUCCAGGUGCAGCGCAGCAAGUUUCCCAAUAACACCAUACCAGGGGACUUCCUCUACAAGCUGACUGAUACCUAUGGCCUGACCGAGGAGAGCUUUCUUAAGCUGGCCGAGUUGGAGAACAUGAACUGUGAUUUGGAGCGAUACAGGGCGGAGGUUAGUCUGGCAAAGCUCAAAGCCAAGGGCAACCAAAGAGAGAUUGCUGGAGGAUCGCUCAGCGAUCUGGCCAAUGAGCAGCGUAUCGCUGAAGCUCAAGCCACGUUAACAAAGCGUCUGGCGGCCACCGACAACAGUCACAAAUACGCCUACUCCUUCGACAAGGCGAGUGAUUCAUAUCAGAUACCUCCACUAAAGACUCGUGUUCUGGGAAUGCUCCUCAACGAUGCGGAAGUGUCACGAACCCAAGGCAGUCGCAUACAGCAACCCUCCACCGACCUCAUUUCCAUUGUGACCGCUGCCAGCAAUUUCUACUACGAAUCCGGAGGUCAACAAUCGGAUGUCGGAAAGAUCCUUGUGAGGAAUCACCAACAGCCAGAGCAUCCGCAUUUGCUAGACGUAAUCAGUGUAAAACAUCUCAACGACUGCGUGGUUCACGUCUGCAAGUUAUCCAGUCCCACGGAUGCCUUUCAGCUUGCCAUUGGAGAUGAGGUGGAACUGCAGGUGGAUGGGCAGCAGAGACAGCUUAAUACGUGCCAUCACACAGCCACCCAUCUAUUAAACGCCGCCAUCCGUUCGCUCUUCAAGAAAGUUACCUACCAGGUCUCCAGUUCUGUGACCAGCGACCAGUGCAAACUAGAGCUGGGACUCCUGGGCAAGCGCAUGCAGAAGAGCGAUGUGCAGCUCAUCGAGGAUCUGAUCAAUCGCGUUAUCUGCUCUGCUACGCCGGUUCAAGUUCAGUUGCUGAGUGCAGCUGAAGUUCUGCAGCAGAACGACAUCACCAUGGUGCCCGGCGAGGUUUAUCCGGAGCAGGGAUUGCGUCUAGUCAACGUGGAGAGUCCGGAACUGCAGCUCAGCUCCAAGGAACUGUGCUGCGGUACUCAUGCAACCAACACCAGUGAGCUAUCCAGCUUCUGCAUCGUGAAUCUGAAGCAAACUAAUCGGGCGAGAUUCGCAUUUACCGCCGUGGCUGGCCAGGCGGCUGAAAACGUGCUGAAAACGGCUGCGCUGCUGCGACACCGCGUUGAUCUCCUCGAGAAGCAGUUCCAAACCGAUAAACUCACAAACGCUACGGAGGCGGAACUGCAGACGAUUCGGCACAACAUGUUGCACACGGACAUCAAACUGCCAUACGCUUUUAAGAUGGACACGCUGGAACGCAUCACCGAGAUGCUGAAAAGGAUCAAAGAUUCGUCGCGCACAACCCUAAAGGAAUUUGUGGAUGUGGAAAUGCGCACGCUGCUGCAGGAGAAGCCGUUGGAUACGAACCCCUUUAUUUUGCACUACCUCACCAGCUCCGCACUCGUGGAGGAGAUUCCUUUGCAACGAGCCACCAAGCUGUGCCAGGAUCGGCCCAUCCUUGUGAUCAGCGUGUGUGAUAGCGUGGUCAAGGCGCGCUGUUGUGUACCAGAGAACUGUAUCACCGAGAAAUUCAACGCUUCCGCUUGGCUGCAAUCCUUUGCCGACACAUUCAAUGGACAAAUAGCUGCGCCCAAGGGUCAGAAUCCGCAGGCCGUGUGCAACAUGAAGGGUCGGCGGGUCAGCAAUUUGUUCGAGGAACAGCUGGAGCAGGCAAUGUCCAAGGCACAUGCAUACGCUAAGCUUUAUCUCUAGGUAUUAGUUGUGAUUACCCUCCAAAAUGGGCUAGCUGUAAGCUUGCCCUUUGUAUAAUUUCUAAUGUGAGAACCGAAUAAAUGGCGGAGUUUUAAGAA